CAGCAGCCGGGGCUCGAGCCGCCCGCCGGCUCGCUCACCAGCUCGCGGGGUCCGCCGCCCGCCGCCCGCCCCCGCUCUGGGCCGCUCGCAGCUCCGGCGCUCCGGCGCGGUUCAGGCUCCGGACGACAAACCGAGGGACCGGCCGGCCGAGCCCAGGGCCGCCUGCGGAAGCAGGGUCCAGGAUGGCGCUCUCAGAAGCAGCGUUCAUUGUCUUCUCCCUCCUGCAAGCCGUCUUCUCUCUGAACCCCGAAGACCCCAAUGUGUGCAGCCACUGGGAGAGCUACGCCGUGACUGUCCAGGAAUCCUACGCACACCCCUUUGACCAGAUCUACUACACGCGAUGCACAGACAUCCUCAAUUGGUUCAAGUGCACCAGGCACCGGAUCAGUUACAAGACGGCGUAUCGGCGUGGUCUCCGGACCAUGUACCGGCGGAGGUCCCAGUGCUGCCCCGGCUACUACGAGAGUGGAGACUUCUGCAUACCCCUGUGCACCGAGGAGUGUGUGCAUGGCCGCUGUGUUUCCCCGGACACCUGCCACUGUGAGCCUGGCUGGGGAGGGCCCGACUGCUCUAGCGGCUGCGACAGCGACCACUGGGGCCCCCACUGCAGCAACCGGUGCCAGUGCCAGAACGGGGCCCUGUGCAACCCCAUCACGGGUGCUUGCGUGUGCGCUGCCGGCUUCCGGGGCUGGCGCUGUGAGGAGCUCUGCGCGCCCGGAACCCACGGCAAGGGCUGCCAGCUGCCAUGCCAGUGCCGCCAUGGCGCCAGCUGCGACCCCCGCACGGGCGAGUGCCUCUGCUCCCCGGGCUACACCGGAGUCUACUGUGAGGAGCUGUGCCCGCCUGGGAGCCACGGGGCUCACUGUGAGCUGCGCUGCCCCUGCCAGAACGGGGGCACCUGCCACCACAUCACUGGCGAGUGUGCCUGCCCCCCAGGCUGGACGGGAGCAGUGUGUGCCCAGCCCUGCCCACCAGGAACAUUCGGCCAGAACUGCAGCCAGGACUGUCCCUGCCACCAUGGAGGGCAGUGUGAUCAUGUGACUGGACAGUGCCACUGCACAGCUGGAUACAUGGGGGACAGGUGCCAAGAGGAAUGCCCCCUCGGGACCUUCGGCUUCCAGUGCUCACAGCGCUGUGACUGUCACAAUGGGGGCCAGUGCUCACCUGCCACUGGCGCCUGCGAAUGUGAGCCUGGCUACAAAGGUCCACGCUGCCAGGAGCGGCUGUGCCCCGAGGGCCGGCACGGCCUAGGCUGCACCUUGCCCUGCCCCUGUGACGCCGACAACACCAUCAGCUGCCACCCAGUGACUGGCGCUUGCACCUGCCAGCCAGGCUGGUCUGGCCACCACUGCAACGAGUCCUGCCCUGCUGGCUUCUACGGCAAUGGCUGCUGGCUGCCCUGCACCUGCCAGAAUGGCGCCGACUGCCACAGCAUCACCGGGAGCUGCACUUGUGCCCCAGGCUACAUGGGAGAGGUCUGUGCAGUUCCCUGUGCAGCAGGGACCUACGGCCCCAACUGCUCGUCUGUCUGUAGCUGUAACAACGGUGGCACCUGCUCCCCAGUAGAUGGCUCCUGCACCUGCAAGGAAGGGUGGCAGGGCCUGGACUGUGCCUUGCCAUGUCCCAGUGGGACAUGGGGCCUGAACUGCAAUGAGAGCUGCACCUGUGCCAACGGGGCCGCCUGCAGCCCCACAGAUGGCUCCUGCUCCUGCACCGCUGGCUGGCUGGGAGACACCUGUGAACUGCCCUGUCCGGAUGGCACAUUUGGGUUGAACUGCACUGAGCACUGUGACUGCAGCCACGCUGAUGGCUGUGAUCCUGUCACAGGCCACUGCUGCUGCCUGGCGGGAUGGACAGGCAUCCGUUGCGACAGCACAUGUGCACCCGGUCGCUGGGGCCCCAACUGCUCUGUCUCCUGCAGCUGUGAGAACGGUGGAUCCUGCUCCCCAGAGGAUGGGAGCUGCGAGUGUGCCCCUGGCUUCAGAGGACCAUUAUGCCAGAGAAUCUGCCCCCCUGGGUUCUAUGGCCAUGGCUGCGCCCAGCCGUGCCCCCUCUGCGUGCACAGUAGUGGGCCUUGCCACCACGUCAGCGGCAUCUGUGAGUGCCUCCCUGGAUUCACUGGAGCCCUCUGCAACCAAGUGUGUGCUGGAGGGCACUUUGGGCAGGAUUGUGCCCAGCUCUGCUCCUGUGCCAACAAUGGGACCUGCAGCCCCAUCGAUGGCUCCUGCCAGUGCUUCCCCGGAUGGAUUGGCAAGGACUGCUCACAGGCUUGCCCACCUGGGUUCUGGGGCCCCGCCUGCUUCCACACAUGUAGCUGCCACAACGGGGGGAGCUGCAGCGCUGAGGAUGGGGCCUGCCACUGCACCCCUGGCUGGACUGGACUCUUUUGCACACAGCGCUGCCCAGCAGCGUUUUAUGGGAAGGACUGUGGGCGCGUGUGCCAGUGUCAGAAUGGCGCCAGCUGUGACCACAUCAGCGGCCAGUGUACCUGCCGUACAGGCUUCACCGGGCGACACUGUGAACAGAGAUGUGCCCCAGGAACCUUUGGCUAUGGGUGUCAGCAGCUGUGUGAAUGCAUGAACAAUGCCACCUGUGACCACGUCACUGGCACCUGUUACUGCAGCUCUGGAUUCAAGGGAAUCAGGUGUGACCAAGCUGCCCUCAUGAUGGAAGAGAUGAACCCCUACACCAAGAUCAGCCCAGCGCUGGGUGCAGAGCGCCACUCAGUGGGUGCUGUCACAGGCAUCAUCCUCCUGUUGUUCCUCAUUGUGGUGCUCUUGGGUCUGUUUGCCUGGUGCCGGCGGCGGCAGAAAGAGAAGGGCCGUGACCUGGCUCCCCGUGUCUCCUACACACCUGCCAUGAGGAUGACCAGCACUGACUACUCUCUCUCAGAUUUGUCUCAAAGUAGCAGCCAUGCCCAGUGCUUUUCCAAUUCCAGCUACCACGCACUGGCGGGGCCUGCCACCAGCCAGGCCAGCACUCUGGACAGGAACAGUCCCACCAAGCUCAGUAACAAGUCCCUUGACAGAGACACAGCAGGCUGGACCCCCUACAGCUUUGUGAACGUGUUAGAUCAGUGCCCUGGAGGCCAAGUACCCGCCCGAGGACUUCUACAUUGAACUUAGACACCUCAGCCGCCCCGCUGAGCCACACUCACCAGGUGCCUGUGGAAUGGAUAGACGUCAGAACACAUACAUUAUGGACAAAGGCUUCAAAGGUAGAGUACCCAAUCACGACGCCCCAUUAGAAAGGACUUAGUGAGAUACAGAGUGCAGAUCUGACAUGACCAGGAAUUCUACCAGAGACACUGCGCCAUCUCAUCCCCCACCCCCAAAAAAGUUAAAAGACCAAAGGACCUGGGGCUGCUGGGUAGCCCUGCCUAGGAGGACCAAUCGUAAUACUAAUGAAUUUAUAUUUCAGUUUCAGUUGCACCUGCUUAGCAAAUACACUGGGUUUUUUAUAGAUGCCAACUAAAUGUCUUUGGAAACAUAGAACUUCAUUACCCAGCUAAUUAGUAUGAGUUAUAAAAUCUGAAAUAAAGCCAAUUUACCUGCCCCAGAAGUCUCCUGUCAUUGUGCUGGCAAGGAAUGACACCGUACACCUGCUGGCUUUCCAAGGCACAAGGAAUAAAAGUGAUACCUAGCGUUAAUAUUGUAUGGCCUACCACCUUCAAGAAGCCCCCAGGAGCGGGAAGCCAGUACUAAAUCUCUAGCACAUGGAAGCUGCAAGUCGGAUCAUCCUUCUAGGAAGUCUGUGGGUGAGGCCAAAGAUGAAGGGCCAGGUCCUGCCCCUGGGCUUAGGCCCUAUGGUUAAAUGACAAAAUGUGUGAAAUAGGUGGCUUUGGAACUAUGUCACUAAUUACUGACUGUGACCUUAGACUGUGAGCUCUCUAUCAUCCAGUUUCCUCAUCUGCAAGGUUGGGGUAGGAUAAUUAUGCCUGUCCUAUUGUCUAACAAGGUUAUCAUAAGUAUUCAAUAAAAUCAGAGAUGGAAUGUGUUUUGCAUAUUAUAAAGGGUUGUGCUAAUGUAACAGGGCCCUCCUUUUGUCUGAAGUCUAUUUGAGAGAGUCUCAGCCAAACUGAAAGAAGUAUGACUGACAGCCAGCAAAGACUCCAAUAGAUGUCCUAAAUCUAGCUGUGCACCAAGGUCACCUGGAAAGCUUGUUAUAAUACAGAGAUGUUCACACCCUAUCUUCCCAAGAUUCUGAAAGCGUAGCUAAGGUGGGUGGGGUGGGAGGCUGAAAUCUGUUUGUGAUGAGUACCUUAGGGUAUCCUGAGUGUAUCACCCAAUAACACCUAGAAACCACUGGUCCAGACUGACCCAGAUAUCCUGGAUUACUAUUCUGCUCUUUCAGACUUAGCCUUAGUUACACCCAGGACACAAAUAUUUCCUAAACAAGAAGAGCAAUUCUACAGCCCUCGGUGGGAUAGUUAUUAGAUGGUGGGUGCACUAGGGAUGGGUGGUGGUAGUGAGCACUGUAUUCUGGGCAAGAGAACACGAAGUGCAAGUCACCGUAAGCACAUGUUCAGAUGUGCAUAGCACAAGAAAAUGAUCUGGAGACAGGAGGUCACCCCAGGAUUCUGGCUGGCCGAAGGACACUACUCCCCUGGGAGCAUUAUUCUGGCCAUUUAGAGUUUUGACUUAGGCCAUCCAAAUGGAGGCAAGCACCAUUUCAGUAGGUGAGGCUAAAAACAGCAAAGACAGCUCUAUUAUUUUAUCACUGUGACCUGAGACCUUAGUUUCUUUCUCAAAGAGGUAUAGGGAUUCAGCAGAAAAAUCUCUUAAGGCCCUUUCCAGCUCUGAGGAUAUGCGACACAAGUGUGAAUAAGCUCCAACUGGCCCAGACACCUCAAUAAAUGAGCACACAACUUCCCUAUGCACCGUUGUCCUGUGCAUUGUGAUUGGAGUAGCUACUUUCAAACUCAAAGUUUAAAGGAGAAGGAAAGCUGAGAAAAACAGUGUCUCUGCCUCAGUGUUAUUCAUUCCUAUUUUGUGGGAUCUUCUAUCCACAUCUGAGUGCAGGGAAGGCCAGAUUUUGUUUCACCACUCUGGCUAUAAUCAUCCUGUAACUUGAGAGAGAAAAGAGGGCUAUAGGUAAAUGUACCAGUGGAUUUAGUGACUAGCACAUCAACAAGAGAAUUCAAAAAGAAUAACUGGAAUGUCAGUUUGAAACUUUACAGAAAUAUUUAUAAAAGACAUGGAAUAAACUCCACUAACUGGCUGAACUCUCAAGUAAACAUUUAAUAAAAUAGUUUAUACCAGAAAUGAAAUUAUUUCCUAAAACUACUGGGCUAAACCAAAUCAGAAACACUAAGAUAAACGAGUUUAAGUGUUCUCUGAGCUCAGUGGGAAAGAGACCUGGCCUGGGAGGUAGAAGAUUUAGAUUCCAGUCCUAGUUUGCUGUGUAGUGCUGACUAGAUCACAGUGUUUUCUGGGUUUCUUCAUCUAUUAGAACAAGGUACCAUCUCUAAGGCCCUUUAAGCUCUUUAAGACAUUCUACAAGUCUUAAAUCAGUCAGUGCUUCCUCUUGCCCUGUUACUUACUUAAAACCUCCACUCACUGUCAUCCUGGAAGUUGUGUGAGCCCCACACACUGCUGUGCUAACCCCAUUUUACCUCUCGACACCUUUCUAUCUCCCCUCUACCUUCUCCCCUUUAGCACAAUGAUUCUACAACAAAUUGCCUACAUUCAAAUUUCUUGUCUGUCAGACAUUUCCAAGUGCUUUAAAAGAAAGAAAUCCUCCCCACUACUCUCACCUUUUUGAUCCUGAAAUCCUGGAUCCCACUAUUACUGACUGCCACUUUCCCCACCUGUAUGCUCCUUGCUAAUCCAAUCCCCAAGUCUCCCUUGCAAUAACCCUGGGUUCUGAGGUAGUUAAGAGUCCACUAAUAUCCUGAAAAUGUUUUUCAGCCAGUGUGGUUCUGAACCUCAGCUCUCCCAUUUCCUCUCCCCACAUCCUGUCUAUCAAGAAAAGGACGCUAACCUAGGACCCAGGAAGAGAAAAGGCAGUGUGGCCUUCUAAGUAACAGUAGUAGACCGAGAAACAAACGAUGGACCUUCUGUGCCUGGGUUUUCCCCAGCAGUGAAAUACUGGCCUUAAGUAGAUGUUAGUGUAAACCUGAAGUCCUGGAUAAGUUCAGAUCCCACUCACACAGUGGCCUUGGAAAGUCAUUUCCCUCUCUGGAUUUGCUGCUUCCUUUAUAAAAUAAAGAUGUUUAUAUUAGCUCAUUUCACCCAUUCUGCCUCUGAUAGUGUAAGGCUGUGUGUGAUUUCAGGAAGGUAGGAACUAGAGGAGAACAAAUAUGAAGGCUUUAUAGAGCUAAGCCUUCAGUCCUAAGGCUAUUACAGGCAUUGGAGGAGUGACUCCCCAAAGCUUGGGUAGCCUUGGUUGAUGCUUCCCCUUUCUUUGCAAAAUGCCCUGAAGGGCUUGGUCUAGCAGUGGUAGGGGUGGGGCUGUAAAGGGAUGAGGAAGUGUUUUAAGCAGCUGGUUCUUCUUCCCCUUCCCCUACCCCCCCCCUGGGCAGCCAGGUGGAUGACUCAGCUAGAGAAAAGAGUAGCUACCUGAAGAGUUUUCCAGUUUCUUUUGCCCUUCCCCCACCUCCAGUUCCCAGAAAUAGAAUCCAGAUUAUUCCAUAAUUCAACACCCUCCCUCCCACUACCUCAACACCCACACACAUACUUCUCCAUCCUUUGUCCUUACACCUUCUGGCCCCUUUAUGAAAGAUACAGCUUCUUCCUGAGACUAAUCCCCUCCCCUAACCCAAACUUAUCUUUUAACCAUUUAGGUGCAUCCCUUGGAGCAAACAAUUUACAUUAGCCCCCACCCCUUAUCCAAGGUUUUGCUUUCCUUGGUUUCAGCUGUCCAGUCAACCGUGGUCUGGAGCAGAUGAUCCCAAUCGUAGCCUAAUGCUUUAUCAUAAUGCCUACAUCAUUCACCUCACUUCAUACUGUCACACAGGAAUUUUAAUCAUCUCACAUCAUUACAAAAAGAAGGACCAGUACAGUAAUUUUGAGAGAGAUACCACAUUACAA